CAGUCAAUCGUAAAUAUGAUGUCGUGGGGUAGUAAACGCAUUUUCUGUUCAACCUUCAGAGCUACGGGGUGUAUUCAAGAAGAGAGCUUAUUAAAUUUUUCAAGUGUGGAAAGAGUUACUGUAUAUACAAUGAUAUCGUUCAUACUUCUAUUAUUUGUCGACUUGACUUUGGCUGAAACCCAAUCACUGAAGUAUUUCUACACAGGGAGCUCGGGAGUGACCGAGUUCCCUGAAUUUGUAGUUGUGGGGCUGGUUAACGACGAGCAAUUUGUGUACUUCGACAACAACAUUAAUAGAAUGAUCCCACGACAGGAGUGGAUGGCAAAGUCUGAAGGUCCAAGUUACUGGGAUGGACAAACACAGGCUCUCAUUGGCUCAGCCCAAAAUUUCAAAGCCAACUUAGGAACUUUAAAAGAACGCUUCAACCAAACUGAAGGAAUUCACACAUGGCAAAUGAUGUAUGGCUGUGAGUUGGAUGAUGAUGGCACCACUCGAGGUUUUCAUCAGUUUGGCUAUGAUGGAGAUGAUUAUGUCAGUUUUGACAAACAAACCCUGACCUGGACGGCAGCCAAUCCACGUGGAGAAACAACUAAAAUGAGAUGGGAUCCUAAUAAAGCUUUGAAUCUUCAGACCAAGGGUUAUUUGGAAGGAACAUGCAUAGAAUGGUUGAAGAAGUAUGUUGUUUAUGGGGCAGCAACUCUGGAGAGAAAAGUUCAUCCAGAGGUAUUCCUGACUCACAAAAGGACAGAUUCUGGAAUGGAGGCUACCUGUUACGUAACAGGAUUCUUUCCAAGAGACAUUGAAGUGAUGUGGCAAAAUGGUGGUGCACGUGAUCUAGAUAUUGAAAGUGGAGAAGUGUUGCCCAAUGAGGACGGAACCUACCAGGUGAAAAAGACAUUAAAACUGAAAAAAAAGCCAGAAGAACUUAAGAAGGGAGACUACUCUUGCCGUGUGGCUCACAGUAGCCUUACUGGAAAUGGAUAUAAAACAAUUCAGUUAGACCCUGCAAUGAAGAAUCCAAAUGAGCCUAGUGGAUCUUUUCCAGUUUGGAUAAUUGCUGUUGUUGUUGGGAUAUUGCUUGCUGUUACAGCAGGGGCUGGUGUGUUCAUAUGGAUGAAGAAGAAGAACUCAGGUGGUAAAAAUCCUAAAUACAUUCAAGCUGAAAAGAAUUCCUCCAGUGAUUCUUCAAAUGAAGACAUUAGUAAUAAACAUGAAGAAAUGAGUGAAGACAUCCAUCCAUUCAUUAUCCAACCCGCUAUAUCCAAACAACAGGGUCACGGGGGUCUGCUGGAGCCAAUCCCAGCAAACACAGGGCACGAGGCAGGAAACAAACCCCAGGCAGGGCACCAGCCCACUGCAGAGAGUGAAGAUAUUGCAGGAGAAAAAAAGAAUUGCAUCUCUUGAAAUAAGAAUAACAAUUUCAAGACUUUAUACACUCAAUGUGUAGUUCUUUAAAACAGCAGCAACACCAUAAAUAUGUAUUUGCUUUAAGUUUUUUGCUUCUUGCAUCCUGUGUGAUACUUCCUAUGUUUUAACACAGAGAUAUCAUUAUGUUUUGGAACUUCAGCAAAUUUAUGAAGACAUUGCUUAAAUUUCACCUGAAAAUUGUGGUGUUUUAACUUUCUACUGUUUGGUAGAUUGUUAAUUUUAAUGGUGUUCACUCCUUCUAUCAGUCUAUUUGUUGUCUUUACUUUACUCAACCAGCAGUCAUUAGUUCUGUUGGGUAUUUUUUUUUUCUUUUUAAACACAAUUUAAGUCAUUUGUAAUUAAUCAUGUUUAUUUCUCUAUUUUAUUUAAUACACUAGUUAACAAUUGAAUGUCUAACUUAAAAUUAUGUAACUGAAUUUUAAAUUGGGUGUUAUUAUUAAAUCUUUCAAAAAAACUUGUGAAAAUUUUUUUAAUAUAACAUCACUUAAAACACAAUAAAUUAGAAGACCUCUGGAAUCAGAGAUGAAAAUCGAUGACUUGAUAUAUUUUUCAUUAUAAAUCUGGAUUACUUACUGCUUUUAUGGUAUGUAACCAGUAUACAUGUGACUAAGGAAGGUGUAAAUCAAUUUAUUAAAAAGUUGUUUUCCCCAAAUUGUACUGUUUUACUUUCAGUUCUGGUCGUUAAAUUUAAUUUUUCAGUUUACUUAGGUAUCCUAAGAAUCAUGAGUUAAUUCCACAAGCUCUAAAAGUACAAUUACUAGAAAACUGGGUACAGCUUGCAAAUUGCAAAAGCUAUAUCUUUUGUCCUAAAAAUAUACAGUACAUAAUUUUGUUUAUUUAAUACAAUUGUUGAUUUUGGUAUAAUGAGUUUAGUUUGUCAUAAACAUUUGCAGUUAAGGUUUGAAUGAAGGUAUCCUAUAGUGGACUGGUAUCUAAUCUAGUAAUCCCAAUAUGUAAUGGCCUGGGGCCUAAUGAUUCCAGUCUAGACUCCACUUUCCCACAAACCUAUAUGCAAAAAAGUAGGUUUGAAAACAAA